GAGUUACGUAGAUAACACUUAUUGUUCAGUCUGCUCGGUAACGGAAUAUCCCACUGACCCAGCGCUCGACUUCCUACCCUUUCGCCCUUUGCUGAAAACGAUUGGCCCAGUGGAUAUUCCGGACAGAAGUCAACAUGAGUUUGGAAAUUAACAGGAUGUGUAAAUGCGACGUUGAUUCAGAAUGUUUUUGCGAGAUUGAGGCUUUUGUCAAGGGCUUCAAAUUGUCAACCUUGACCUACAAGCGUGUGAUGCAUUUGCUGAACCAGGAGAUGAACAAUGGGUUGAAGGAACAAACUCACCAUGUGGCCGACAUCAAGAUGUUCCCAACGUUUGUCAGAUCCCUCCCGGAUGGUUCAGAAAAUGGUGACUUUCUUGCCCUUGACCUUGGCGGCACGAACUUCCGGGUGCUGCUGGUAAAACUGAACAAGGGCGAUGUGGACAUCCAAAGCAAGACCUACCUUAUACCCCAGAGAAUCAUGCUCGGCACAGGACAGCAGUUGUUCGAUCACAUCGCUGACUGCAUCGGGAAGUUUGUUCGGGAUCACGACCUGGUUGGACAGAGGCUGCCCCUAGGGUUUACCUUCUCCUUUCCCUGCAGACAGGAAGGACUGGCCAAAGCGAGGCUUUCAAAAUGGACGAAGGGCUUCCGGUGUGAGGGUGUUGUGGGUGAAAACAUAUGCCAUCUGCUGCAUGAAGCGCUCCUACGCAGAACGAAUUGUGACGUUGAGAUAGUCGCUAUCGUCAACGACGCCGUGGGAACGUUGAUGUCAGCUGCUCACACAGACCGACAAUGCGAAAUCGGACUUAUUUUGGGAACCGGAUGUAACGCCUGCUACAUGGAGAAGUUGGACAAUGUUGGAUUGUGGGACGGGGACUACGACCACCCGGAACAGGUCAUCAUCAACACUGAGUGGGGCGCGUUCGGAGACAAUGGCUGUCUGGACUUUCUCCGAACUGAAUACGACCGCGAGUUGGACACAUUCUCCAUCAACCCCGGGAAACAAGUAUUAGAGAAGAUGAUCUCAGGGAUGUACAUGGGAGAGAUUGUCAGACUUGUCCUUGAGCGUCUCGCCAUGGAAGGUCUCAUCUUUCGCGGGGCAGACAGAGAUUGCUAUUUAUUCGAGAGGGGCAAAUUCUACACCAAAUACGUCUCGGAAAUCGAAAGCGACCAUGACGAAUUUUUCCGCAACACCAAACAGGUCCUUGACGAGAUUGGUGUGGAGAACUACACGACAGAAGACUGUAAGAUCGUCAAGUACGUCUGCACCCUCAUCUCGGCAAGAGCUGCAUUCCUUUCAGCUGCUGGGCUUUCCACUCUGAUCAACAAGAAGAACAAAAGUGACAUGACAAUUGCAGUAGACGGGUCCUUGUACCGCUUCCACCCCCGCUUCCACAACCUCAUGAGUCUCAAGAUGCAGGAGCUCGUCAAACCCGGACUGAAGUUCCGGCUCCAGCUAUCUCACGACGGUUCAGGAAAGGGCGCUGCUCUUGUUGCUGCCGUUGCUAUGCGACUGAGAAACACGAAAAAGCAGGAAUGUGUAUGAGGAAAAGCACACUAGAUGGCGCUGUAAAUACUACUUUGCAAAUGGCAGCAUUUAACUAUGUGUAUAUAUCUGCUACUGACGCCCGAAUGGUCAUAAUAUGUUUGCCCUCUUUGGCUGGCGAACAAUGCAAAAUACUCUCCUUCUCUUGUUGGGAAAGGAAGUGGACAUGACACGUUCUAGCUGCCGCCAUUUCUCAGCUCCAUCCUGUGCCUUCCGGUACACUGCGCAUGACAUAAUGGACUGUCUAUCCGGAAGUCUUUCUGAACACCCAUACUCGCAAAGAAGUCGACAACUCCUGAACCCCUUUGUUGGAAUUACAUGUAUGCUGAAACUACCGUAACUGUCUGUGAUGAUGUGCUGGUGGGAGGAAUAACUAACAGAAGGCCGGGGAGACAACUCUAACUGUGAUAGGUAGCGGGCUGUGUUGUCUCCCUUUGAUGAAGGACAAUUUCAGUUGACCGUGAACUGAAGUGUGUGAAUGGAGAGCAAGGGAAUGUGUGGUCGGCCCGAUGUGGUAGUACUCUGAAACGCUUGUGAUUCCUGUAGAUGUAGAACUGUGCUUGCGUCUUAUAGCUUUCAGAGAACAAACAUCUGAUACCGGCACUGAUCAAAUUGGUGCACUGUUGUGACUGUGGCAUUUGCGCUCUCUGUGCCGUGACUGCAACUAUUGCCGUGUGUUUAUAAUUUACCAGUUAAAAUAUGUUAGCUUUAACCCAGCAUUAUAAUGGCAGCUACUAUCCAUAUUUCGUUCCGUUUCUAGCGGUGCAUGAUGCUUGACACUUUUACUGGUAAAUCAUCCCAAUAAGCCCUACAGUGUACAUACUUUGUAGAUCUCGGGGACGUUAGUGCCAGCUGUAUACAACGUGACACGUGACAAUGGCGUUGCCAGGCAACGUCAAUUUUAUUUGACAUCUUAACCCCUUCAUCUGUGAUUGACGACGUGUAGAUACCGCAACUCAUUAAUAACAGAACAAAUAAUGAAAUGUUGUUAUGUUUUGCGACUACCCUAGUUUUUGUUUUGUUUGAAAGAGCGACAUGCUGAUUUGGUAGUUUUAUGCGUGUUGAUAUGUACAUAUUGUUUUUAUUGUAAGAAAUAAUAAAGCUAUGUGGAUUGUAUACUCAUGCCAACAUACUCCAGGUGGAGAGGUCAGUUUUGGUUUGAUUGAUCAAGCUCGCAAUGUACAUACGUCGGCAGAUAACUUGAGAGCAAUUUGUAAUAUUUGUCAAUCUUGGCUUGCUCCUCCCGAAUCUCUUACUAAUGUUUCUAUGUAAAUUAAGCUUUGUAUAUACCAAAUAAAGAUGUAAGAAUUGA